ACUACAAACUAAAGAAAUUGCGCGUGUUGCUUUUGUUUAUCACUUACUUUAAAUUAAGUUAAUAAUAAAGAAAAUAAUAAUAUUAUCCGUUUAACAUUAGUAAUAAUGACUACAAACGUUAAUAUACGGCUAGCUAUUGAUCGUGUCAAUAUGGGUUUGUUGGCACAAAACCAAACAAGGGCACCACGUCUUUACACACCCGGCGAAGUGGUCACUGGUCAGUUUGGCUUCAUGAAGGGCCAUGGCACUUAUGUUGAAGGUGAAGAUAUUAAAGCAUCCGUAGCUGGAGUGAUGGAACAGGUGAACAAGCUAAUUUCUAUAAAACCACUUAAGAGCCGAUAUGUAGGUGAAAUUGGAGAUGUUGUGGUUGCGCGCAUUACUGAAGUACAACAACGACGUUGGAAAGUGGAUACGAACUCACGUUUGGAUUCCGUAUUGUUAUUAUCUUCUGUAAAUUUACCGGGCGGCGAAUUGCGACGAAGAGGUGUGGAAGAUGAACAAAUGAUGCGUAAAUAUCUACAGGAGGGUGAUCUUAUAUCGGCUGAAGUGCAGAAUAUUUUUGAUGAAGGCACAUUAUCACUUUACACACGGAGUUUGAAAUAUGGCAAAUUAUCACAAGGAGUACUUGUUAAAGUCUUUCCUUCACUGGUUAAGCGACGUAAGACGCAUUUUCAUAACUUGACAUGUGGUGCAUCCAUAAUUCUGGGAAACAACGGUUUUAUAUGGAUAUCGCCAACUGUGAAUAACGAAGCUGAUGGCGGUGAUGGUGGCUAUGCGCAGAAUUUGAAUGAAGUAAUACCACGAGCAGACCGAGAGGUAAUUGCACGUUUGCGGAAUUGCAUUCUAGCUUUAGCGCAUUGCAAAAUGAUGCUUUAUGACACAAGCAUCCUGUACGCUUAUGAGGAGUCCAUGAAGUACGAAGUGCAUGAAUUGCUGCAGCAGGAGGCUAUAUUUGAUGUGGCCUUUCUAACACAACAUCGUCUACGAUUGCAAGAAGAAUAAAACACAAUAUUAAGGUGGGUGAAAAUCUGCAAAUUUAGGCUAAACACAUUUGUUUAAAUAUGUAAAUAAAUGUAAACAUUUUUAUUAUAAA